AUGUCGACCAUCUUCCGCCGCGGCCUCUCGACUGCUCCCAGCAUGAGCAACGUCUUCUUCGACAUCACCAAGAACGGCGCGCCCUUCGGCCGCAUCACCUUCAAGCUCUACGACGACGUCGUCCCCAAGACGGCUAAGAACUUCCGCGAGCUCUGCACGGGCGAGCACGGCUUCGGCUACCAGGGCUCGUCGUUCCACCGCGUCAUCCCGGACUUCAUGCUCCAGGGCGGUGACUUCACCCGCGGCAACGGCACCGGCGGCAAGUCGAUCUACGGCGAGAAGUUCGCCGACGAGAACUUCAAGCUCCGUCACACCAAGCCCGGCCAGCUCUCGAUGGCCAACGCCGGCCCGAACACCAACGGCUCGCAGUUCUUCAUCACCACCAUCGUCACCUCGUGGCUCGACGGCAAGCACGUCGUCUUCGGCGAGGUCGUCGACGGCAUGGACAUCGUCAAGAAGAUCGAGGGUGAGGGCUCCGGCUCGGGCAAGACCAAGUCGACCAUCACCAUCGCCAAGUCGGGCGUCUGGUGCGUCGCUCGUUCCUCUUCCUUCGUCGCCUGA